AUGGAGGUUCCUUUCAAGCUGCUACUCCAGUACUGGAGGUCAGAGACAGUGAGUUUGAUUUCUGGACGUCUGAUUUCUCGCCCAUCGAAUGCAACAUUUGGAGGCCCCAGCGAGAUCCACUUCCCGGGAGGGAGGUUUCGUCCAGAAACUGAGAGAGCGGCCGGGCCCGAUUGCCCUUACCCCUUACUUGGGAGAGAUUUACUGCAAAAACUUCAGGCCACUAUUACCUUCCGAGGGAGCGGCCAGCCGGGUGGAGAAGGCCCAGCGGAAGCUAAGCCUGGGGUCCAGCUAGAGGUAACCGUGCCAAUCUCAGAGGAGUACUUGCUCGCAGCCCUCCUCGAAGUGCUCUUGCAGUAUGUAGAUGACCUGCUCGUCGCGGCCACGAGUCCGAAGGAAUGUGAAACUGCGACGAAAGACCUUCUGCGAGAGCUAGAGGAGAAGGGGUACCGAGUGUCUGCUAAGAAGGCCCAGAUUGCCAGACAGACCGUGAGUUAUCUGGGCUAUAAUCUGCAGGGCGGACAAAGGAUGCUAUCCAGCCAACGGAUUCAGGCCGUGAUGCAGAUUCCUGAGCCCACCAACAAGAGGCAGUCCUUGCAGGCUUUGCAGAACAUCCGCCGUGAGGUGAGAGCUCUCCAGCAGGAGAGAUAUCCUAAAGAGCAAGGAGCAGAAGCUCCAGAGCCUGGACAGUGGGUGUGGAUCCUGAAUCAUCGAAGGGGGAGUCUCGAGCCCCGCUGGAUUGGGCCGUACCAGGUACUGUUGAGCACACCUUCAGCCGUGCGAGUGGCAGAAAAACCCUACUGGAUACAUCUUGCCCACAUCAAGCCGGCCCCAACACCUGACAAGAGUGAAAAAUGGAGUGUACAGCCAGUUUCAGGGGAACCCUUACGAGUAAAAUUCUUCAAAUCCUGACAAUCCUAGUAGUCCUAGGCCCCCUACUGGGAAGGGGGUUUAGGAUCCAAGAAUGGGUGCUGAUCAGGACUGCUGAUGGUACUGUGAUUGCCACCAACUAUACGUGGGGAGGUGCUCCGGUUUCCCUAAAGACUGAUUUCUCUAAGUUUUUUGAUGAUCGGUUCUGUGACUCCCAGGCGGCCAUACCUGUUAUGAACACCCUCGUCCCCCGCCCAAGGCAAGUCCCAUUCUCCCCUUGCGAAAACUCAGCCAAAAAUUACGGCCUGUGGUUUAUUAGUUCAUACGGGUGCCCCGAG